UGGUUCAAGAACCGCAGAGCCAAAUGGAGAAAGAGAGAAAGGAACCAGCAAGCCGAGCUUUGCAAAAACGGCUUCGGUCCACAGUUUAACGGCCUCAUGCAGCCCUACGACGACAUGUACCCCGGCUACUCGUACAACAACUGGGCAGCCAAGGGGCUGACGUCUGCUUCCCUCUCCACCAAAAGUUUUCCUUUCUUCAACUCCAUGAAUGUCAACCCUCUGUCUUCUCAGAGCAUGUUCUCCCCUCCAAACUCCAUCUCCUCCAUGAGUAUGUCUUCAAGCAUGGUGCCCUCUGCGGUCACCGGGGUCCCUGGCUCCAGCCUCAACAGCCUGAAUAACUUGAACAACUUGAGCAAUCCCUCCCUGAAUUCUGCGGUGCCGACGCCAGCCUGUCCUUAUGCUCCUCCAACACCUCCGUAUGUUUAUAGGGACACAUGUAACUCGAGCUUGGCGAGUCUGAGACUUAAAGCCAAGCAGCACUCCAGUUUUGGCUAUGCCAGUGUGCAGAACCCCGCUUCCAACCUGAGCGCUUGCCAGUAUGCGGUGGACAGACCCGUGUGA